AAGUCAUGGUUAUGCUUGGAAACUAUCUCUUCCAUGUGUUUCCAAGUUAUUGUUGCCUUGUUGGUUUUUUUACUUUUGACUAAAGAAUCAUAUAAGGUGAAUAAUAUUUUUCUUACUGGUCUAGUCUGAUUGUUUCUUGUGAGUUUCUAUGAAUAACCAUGAUUGGUCCUAAUUGACAUUUUUAGCUAGUUACCUUAUUGAACUAACUAAAAACCUAAAAUAAUACUUUUAUUAAUUCUAGAAAUUUGAUACAUCAAAACUAGAACUCUACCACACUCUUUAUAUGAUAGUUUAGUAUACUAUUCGCACUUAUUAUAAUACUAUUUUGUAUUGGUGAUCUCACUAAUAUUAAUACACACAACCUCUAGCCUUAGAAAAAAAUAAAAAAAUCUCUUACAGAACAAGUCUGUCUUUUGCAAACAAUUGUUUGAAGAAAAGAAAUCAAAUGAUGGAACAGAGCAGAAGAACAGAACAAGUUCUGUUAGUGCAAAGAUUGAAAAGAUUGAUAGUCUCUUUUGUUUUUUGUCUUCCCAUGUCUCUUCUUGGUCUCCUUCUCAUGCUUCUCUUAAUCUACAACAGCUUCUCUGUCUUCUCUCUUCAUCUUGUUCCAACCUCACCUAUUCAAUCUACCCUUUCACCAACUCAUCUUCAGAUUCUUCAUCAUCAGACAUCAACAUCAUCAUCUCAGUCAGAUUCUUCAUUGUUGCUUGUGGUGAAAGAAACCUCUUUAGGGUUCAUACAGAAGCAGAACGUUUCGUCUACGAGGACAGAGAGAAAGACGAGGAGAUUCAAGAGAAGAACCGAGUUAACUUCUGAGAUAACACAGCGGUUACAAGUCAAAUCAAGACAGAGAUUUAAGACGAAGUUCAAGUCUUUCUUGUCCAAAUCAUCUUGUGAGUCACUCUUCUUCAUGACUUGGAUCUCCUCCAUCGAAUCUUUCGGUGAUCGAGAGCGAUUUACCAUAGAGAGUCUCUUCAAAUUUCACCCAAACAGCUGUUUGAUCUUGGUCUCAAACUCAUUUGACUGUGACAGAGGAACCCUAAUCUUGAAACCCUUUACAGAUAAAGGGCUUAAAGUGCUUCCAAUUAAACCUGAUUUUGCAUACAUCUUCAAAGAUACAUCAGCAGAGAAAUGGUUUGAAAGAUUGAAGAAAGGAACGUUUAGUCCAGGAGUGAUUCCAUUAGAGCAAAACCUCUCUAACCUUCUAAGAUUAGUCUUGCUCUACAAAUACGGCGGAAUCUACUUAGACACAGACGUAAUAAUCCUCAAAUCUCUCAGCAAUCUCCACAACGUAAUCGGAGCACAAACAGUUGACCCGGUUACAAGAAAAUGGAGUAGGCUCAACAACGCGGUGCUCAUCUUCGACAAGAACCAUCCUUUGCUUAAAAGGUUCAUCGACGAAUUCUCAAGAACCUUCAACGGUAACAAAUGGGGCCACAACGGUCCCUACUUAGUGUCGAGAGUCAUUGCAAGAAUCAACAUUUCCUCCUCUUCGGAUUUGGGAUUCUCAGUUCUUCCACCAUCUGCAUUUUAUCCGGUGGAUUGGACUAGAAUCAAAGGAUUCUACAGAGCGCCGACGAGUGAGACCGAGGCUAACUGGUUGCGGAAGAGGCUUACGCAUUUACGCAAAAAUACAUUCGCUGUUCAUCUUUGGAACAGAGAGAGUAAGAAACUUAGGAUUGAAGAAGGAAGCAUCAUUCAUCAACUCAUGUCUUAUUCUUGCAUCUUUUGUAACUCUUCUUCUUUACAUUUAAGUUAAAACAUGUAAAGUAUAUUUCCACGAGAGACAAGGACAAAUCUGUGUGUGUUAUGAACAUACAGAUUUGCUGAUCUAUCUGCCAUUCUUAGGAGCCGUACAAAUAGGCAAUGUGUAUUUUGUAAUUUGUACAUCAAAAGUCUGGUUUUUUAGUUAUUUACUAGACGCACUC